AUGUUGAACCUGUACCCGCCCGCCACGCACAGCGCCUGGAACGGCCAGCCGCCUUCGUACCCGGCUGGCACGGACUCGACCGUGUACGAGAUCUACGAGGCCACCAAGGGCGCCGGCACCAAGGAGAAGCAGCUGAACAAGGCACUGGGUGGCAAGACGGCCACGGAGCGCGGCUUCAUCGCCAAGCGCUACAAGGAGCUGCACAACCAGAGCCUGCGUGACCUGCUGGAUGACGAGACGUCGGGCCACUACGAGUUCCUGCUCAAGCUGCUAGCGUCGCCCCUGCCGGAGGCGGAGGCCGGUAUCCUGCGCAAGGCCACCAAGGGUCUGGGCACGAAGGAGGACCUCAUCUACCCCGUGGUCGUGGGCCGCACCAACGUCGAGAUCAACAUCCUCAAGAAGACGUACUACGAGACGUACGGCGAGGACCUGGGCUCUGUGCUGGACGGCGACCUGCACGGUGACUUCAAGAAGGUGAUCCUGGCGUCGCUGCAGGCCGCGCUGGUGCCGUACGACGCCAACAUCCACAACGCCGCCAAGGUGGACGCUGACGUGGAGAAGCUGUACAAGACGGGCCGUGGCAAGAUGGGUACAGACGAGGAGGGCUUCAUCGGUGUUCUGGUGGCCAGUCCGCCCGAGCACCUACGCGCUGUGGCCGCUGCCUACGAGAAGAAGUACGAGGAGUCGCUUGUGAAGGCUGCGGCGCACGAGUUCCGUGGCGACGCUGAGAAGGCCGUGCUGUUCCUCAUCCGUAUGAUCACGGAGCCGCUGGACCUGCUGGCUGAGCUGUUCGAGGAGGCCAUGAAGGGCUUCGGCACGGACGAGAACGCUCUGAGCUCGGCCGUGGUGCGCUACCACAUUGUGCUGCGUGACAUCAAGCCGGUGUACAAGAAGAAGUUCGGCAAGGAGCUGCGCGAGCGCAUCGCCGAGGAGGUGAGUGGCGACUACGGCGAGCUGCUGCUGUCGGUGUUCGACGCCCGCGACUAA